AUGUCCGUUUCGAAGGAUUUCGUGCUCGAUGAUGAUGGACGACUUCAACAGACUAUUCAGAAUAUUCAAAAGUUCACAAAGCUGUCAAGAAACGGAGCUCAUAAUUUGCUAUCGCCUUUAAUCAGAUUGAUCAACGAGAAAGACAACGACACUUUCAAGCAGAUUGCAGGCCACACAGAGGUGAUGAAGUGCCUUCGUGAAGCAUGGCUAGAAGAAAGUAACUUCAAAGAACGAAAUGAAAAGUUUGUAAGGAACAUUGGCGAGUGGAUGCUUGACAAAGGUUUCAGCUCAGUUGAAGAACUCGACGAAAAAUGGAAUGCUGCGCGACUAACAGAAUGUAAAAUGCGUAGAUAUAAAUGUAUAGCAAAGUAUAACACUAUAGAGUUAGAGGCGGCGAGAGAAACAGAGAAGUAUCAAACUGUGAAGUUCGAGCAGGUACAAAAGGAAUGUGACGAGUUGAAGAGGAGAAACAGGAUGCUGUUUCAACAACUAGAAGUUGCGCGUUCAGAUAUUCGCAAAAUGACAGUACACCAAGAGUCUGAACAUAAACUGUUUGUAUCAGAAAAGAAAAAGAGUAGUGUUGGUUUUUCUGAGUACAAUGCCCAUUCGUUCGAACAUAUUGAAAAGAAAAAAUCGUCACAAGUUGAGUUAAAGAUGUCUGACCCAGAAGCUAAAAAAAACAGUCCCAGCUGGAGUGAAAUCAGAAGAAGAAGUCUGUGA